UAUCAUCUUCUUUUUAACACUCGAUCAUAAACCCAACAUAAAGCAAACAGGGUCCAGAGUCCGAAUAAAGAUGGCAGCAACACCACCAGCGCAACCGUCUGCAGCAGCGGAACCACCGAAGAUUGUGUGGAACGAAAGCGGAAAAAGAUUUGAAACAGAGGACAAGGAGGCAUACCUGGAAUACGUGGCUAGAAAUGAUGGGAAAGUGAUGGAUAUAAUUCAUACGUAUGUCCCUCGUUCAAAGAGAGGCUUAGGCUUGGCUUUUCACCUUUGUGUUGCAGCUUUUAAUCAUGCCAACUCUCAUUCCAUCUCUGUUAUCCCCACUUGCUCCUAUGUUUCUGAUACCUUUCUUCCACGGAAUCAAUCCUGGAAUUCUGUUGUGUAUUCAGAAGAUGUCAAAUCAAAUAUACGACCUGCUUCGGCCAUAUGAUAUGCUCAGACACAAGAAUCGCAGUACUGAGAUUUAUUCCAAUUCCAGCUUCUUUAAUAAAAUAAAUAUUCGCAAAAAAAAAAAAA